AGCCAAUUACCUUUUUCAUUCAUCAAAACAAUGCUGGAAAUGCCCAACACAAACGUGCGCGCGCACAACCACAAAGCACAAAUGCACUCAGAGCUACGUGGGGAAAGGACAUGCUCUGAGCGUCGAGGGAAGUGGGCCGGGCUGAAGCUCAGAUUAGUCACUCCAGUCCUGGAGCACCAACGUUUCUGCUCAGGACUCAUAACAGCAGUUUGGGAGGGAUACACAAAGGAUUAAUUGAAUCUUUACACAUCUCAGCAGAGGAGUGGAACAGAGACAAAAAUGGAGGACUUCUAUUACCACGAGGAAGACGACUCCAGCAUCAAUGAUAGCUACGAUUACAACUACGACCACGGCAUCUGUGACAAAGAAGCGGUGCGCUCCUUCGGUGGCACCUUCCUCCCCAUCAUCUAUGCCCUGGCUCUGGUGGUGGGGCUGGCAGGCAAUACUCUGGUCGUGGUGGUCUACACGUCACGCCUGAGACUACGGACCCUCACAGAUAUGUGCAUCCUGAACCUGGCCAUUUCAGACCUGCUGCUUCUCUUGACCCUCCCGUUCUGGGCGGCUGACGCCGUCCACGGCUGGAUGUUGGGCUCUGCAGCCUGUAAGCUCAACUCCUUUCUCUACAGUACUAACUUCAGCUGUGGCAUGCUGCUGCUGGCCUGCAUCAGCGUGGACCGCUAUCGGGCCGUAACCCAAAACCCAGCAGGCAGAACAGGGACGACUGCGCGGCUGCGGCGCCAGUGGAUCCUGGUAUGUGUGGGUCUGUGGGCUUUAGCCAGUUUUCUUGGCCUUCCUGAACUCAUCUUCUCCACAGUGAAAGUGUCCCACCACAGAAUUGGCUGCACAGCCGUCUAUCCGACCAUCAUGGCCCGACCUGCAAAGGCCGCUCUAGAGCUGCUGGAAGUGAUUCUUAGGUUCCUUCUCCCUUUCUUGGUCAUGGUCGUGUGCUACUGCUCGGUGGGGAGGAAGCUUAGUAAAGCUGUGGGGGUGCGGAGGGAACGGAAGUGGCGUGCCCUGCGGGUCCUCCUGGCCGUGGUGGCUGUGUUCCUCCUUACCCAGCUGCCCUACAACGUGGUCAAGCUGUGCCGAGCGUUGGACAUCAUUUAUGUCCUCGUCACAGAUUGCGAAGUCAGCAAGGGGCUGGAUCAUGCUCGCCAGGUGACAGAGAGCCUGGCACUCACUCACGCCUGCAUUAACCCGGUGCUGUACGCCUUCGUCGGGUCCUCGUUCAGAGGCCACGUACUCAAGGCUGCUAAGCACCUUGGACAGCGACUUGGGAGACACUCAAGGCAAAUCAAUGAGGAGCCAGCAGUGGAGAUCGCACUCCACGCACAGAACCAGUCUCAGUCCGGUUCAGAAGACCAAGAUACCAGCACCUUCACUAUCUAAACCUCCGACGUGUAACCAUAAUGAAAACCUUAUGAUAUUGCAUGUCUGUGUAAUUUUGCCUUAACAUACACUCACCACUAUAGCAGAUUGAUACCAGUAUCCAUACAUAAAUUCUUGAGAUGAAAAACAUGUAUGUUGACUUUAUAAACCCUAAGUAUUUUGUACAAAUGAUGUAUUUUCUUAAAUAAAAAAAACCAAAGCCUUUCAGCGA